AUGUGGCUCAAGUUGUUCUUUUUGCUCCUGUAUUUCAUCAUUUUGUUUACGUUAGCUCGGAUAUUCGAGGCGGUAGUUUGGUAUGAGACUGGUGUGUUCGCGACACAACUGGUCGACCCGGUUUCGCUCAGCUAUAAGAAGCUGAAGACCAUUCUGGAGUGUCGUGGGCUGGGGUACUCUGGAUUGGCUGAGAAGAAAGAUGUCAGCCAGCUGGUGGAGAAAUCAGGCGAGCUGACACACGGGGAGUUAUAUUCAGCCAUAAAGAAGGAGAAUGAGCAAACCGAGGCAGGUGAUGCCAGCAGCACACAUUUUAGUGGAGAGAUGCACUUCUAUGAGUUGGUGGAGGACACUAAAGAUGGCAUCUGGUUGGUUCAGGUCAUUGCGCAGGACAGAGACGCUCUGCUCAGUAAGUCCAACUGGCGGAAGAUGGUACAGAAAGUCUCCCAGUUUGGAAUCCGAACUGGAACAUUCAACUGCUCUCAUGACUACAGGUCGUGUGUGAGACGCGGAUGGCAACGUUCCACUCUGGUCAUGUCAGUCCCACAGACGUCAGCAUCGAAGGGCAAAGUCAUGCUGAAAGAAUACAACGGCCGUCGCAUCGAACCUGAACACAUCUUCCGUUGGAUGACCUCCCAGAUGUCUCACCGCAUCAAGACAUUGUGUCGUUGGGAGAAGCUGCAGGAGGAGUGGCGCCCCGACCCGCUCCACCCGUUAAAGAUGUUUCUGUUCGCUCCCCUGCCUCAGCCGCCUGUUUUCUUCUCCUCGCUCUCUGUUAAAUUCACCGGCAGGAUUGAGUUCAUUUUCGUGGAUGUAAGGCACUGGGACAAUGACAGCAGCCUAUUAGAGAUUGGUGUAACGCAGAGCCCCGCCUACAUCCUGAAGAUGCCAGAGGGCUUAUAUCACUAUGGCAACAGUACUGGUGAAUUUUUGUCUGUAGCGGCCAUGGACACCUUCCUGCGAUCAGUCCAACCAGAAGUCAAUGACCUUUUUGUACUCAGUCUUGUCCUGAUCAACCUUUUGGCAUGGAUGGAUCUCUUCAUUACACAGGGAGCAACAGUGAAACGGUUUGUUGUUUUAAUCCGAACGCUUGGGACCUACAAUUCCAUCCUGUUGGUGUCCUGGCUUCCAUUUCUGGCACUCCUUCAGCUGUCCUACCUGGACGCUCUGUAUGGUUACAGUUUAAAGUUGCUUCGCUACGCUGACACAACCACUCUGGCAAGCGUGUUGAGAGCCGACUGGACCUUCUAUUCGUCUCACCCGGCUCUCUUCCUAUCCACCUACCUGGCCCACGGUCUGCUGGUCGAUUAUUUUGAGAAAAAACGUCGCUGUGGCAUCAGAAGCCAGGAGGACAGCAGCACCAACUUGGAGUGGCUGGCCAGUUUGUGGGAGUGGUACACAUCGUAUCUGCUUCACCCCAUCGCAUCGCUACAACAAGUGCCAUCAGACUGGGAGGAUGACCCCAACUUCCUUUUUGAGCGUUUGGCUUUCCCCGAUCUCUGGCUCCGCCCAUUAGUGAGCAUGGACUACAUUAAAGCUUUACCCGCAUGGAAGUUCCGGUGUGACGGCGCAGACGUGCCGGAAAAGGAGACUGAUUGUUGUUACUCAGAUACGGACAGCUGUGGGUCAAGUGACUGUGCGACACCAAGCAGCCAACAGCAGGAGAGCGCACAGGAUAGCAGCACACACUGUCUCGACAGUAUCGCGGAGUGCACGUGUACUGCUGAGGCCUCGACGUGCCGCUGUUGCCAGGGCAACUUAGAUGCAUCAGCUGAGAGAGUUUCUCGGCGCGAGCGCUGUGACCGGUCAGGUUGGCCCCGUGACGUUCUGCGGUGCUCCGAGUGUGUCGUGUGCCUGGAAAACUUUGUGAGUGAAGAACUUCUAAUGGGUCUGCCCUGUGGCCACGCCUUCCACCAGCACUGCAUUGUGGUAUGGUUAGAUGCGGGGCGACACUGCUGCCCUGUGUGCCGCUGGCCCAGCUACAAGAUGAAACAGCAGCACACCGCAUGUGCACGGUAGUCUUAGUUGGGACACUUAAUGGAAAGAAGCCUUCCUUUUUCCCUGUCUUCUCUUUCUCUUCUCUAAUCAUGAUUUUUGGCUUCAUUAGCGCAAGAAGGAAUUGUGUUGCACAACUUGCUUGGGGUUAGGGUUAGACAUGGAAGGGAUGCCAAAGCUAACUUUGUGUGUGCGCGUGUGCGUGUGUGCGUGCAUUUGUGCGUGUGCGUGCGAAGUUAAUGUCACGACAGUCAAUCUGCUUGUUUCCAUUUCUGUGCUGAAUAUGCUGCCAAGAGCUAAUAAAUUUGUAAUGGCCAGUCACCACCUGUCUCUGUAAGAGUUAGGGUGUCAGAAUUAGGGGCAUACAUGGAUUCCUAAACAUACUAAUGUCAACAAUGUAGUAUGUUGAUGUACUCAAGGCUAUGUACUUGAAUUAACUUGUUUGAAUUAUAAACAAAAAUACAUUGAACAAUCACGACAGCUAGUUAGACCAAGCUUGCCAUCAAAUAGCAGAAAUUAUGUUUAAUGUUUAUUUGAAUAAAGACUUAUGGGGGAA